AUGGUCGUACGUAUCCGACUCGCGCGCUUCGGCCGCAAAAGAGAACCCUUCUACAACAUCGUCGUCGCACAAGCGCGCUCAGCCCGCAAUUCGCUCCCCCUCGAAGUCCUCGGUACUUACGACCCAAUCCCCAAACUCCCUGCGGACGGCGAGGGACAAAAAUUCAAAGACAUUCGUCUGGAUACGCUGCGCGCAAAGUAUUGGUUGGGAGUGGGUGCGCAGCCGUCGAAGACGGCGUGGAGAUUGUUGAGUAUGGCCGGUCUCCUCGAACCCCAAUACACGCCCCAAUCCAAAACCCGCACGUCUCCCAUCUCCAGCAAGCCCAUUCUCAAAGGCGAUUCCUAG